ACCAGCGCUCCUUCGGUCCCCAAGACUGUCACUUUGUUCAGCACCAAGGUCGAUACCAUCACUAGCUGCGCUGAAGACGUUACAAACUGCCCCGCCGUCACAAAGACUUCUUUGAUCGCAACUGGUUCUUCGGCUGAUGCUGCUAUGCCUUCGUCCCCCGCCAGCGCUCCUGCAGGCCCCAAGACUUUGACCAUCUACUCUUCGGUCGUGGCUACCAUCACCUCAUGUGCUGCUGACGUUACCAACUGCCCCGCAUCGUCCACAGUUCAGAGCACUUCUUUCUACGCUGUCGGUACUACUGUCUCGGAGGUUUCCAGCGUUCCCGCCAUCACUGGCUCCGAGAUUGCACCUGCCACCACUGCACCCGCAGUUGUUGCCAGCACUCCCAUUCAGCCCAUGACCACCAUCACCUACUCUUCUGAGCUUGUUGUUCCUGCCACCUACACUGCUGGCGAGUCCCAGGGCGCCACCAUUCCCGAAUCGAAGAUCACCUCGACAAUCCACAGAACUCUUACCGUUCCUCAGGUUCAGUUCAUCACUGCAACUGUUGGCGGCAAGCCUACUGUCGGUUUGACCUACCCUUCGGCAGUCCCUGCCACCACCACUCCUGAGGCUGUCCCUACCAGCCCCAUUGCAGAUGCUGCCACUCCCGCAGUCUCCGCACCUGCAGUUUCGGCUGCCAGCUCGGGCUUCGCUCCCAAGUCUUCCACCCUGGCUAGCACUUACAACAUGCCUGCUAAGCCUACCGGCAGCCCCAUCUCCUACACUGGAGCUGGUGCCAAGGUCAGUGGCUCAUUCGCCGCCUUUGCCUUUGCUGCCGUUGCCGCGAUCUUUGUUCUGUAA